ACGUCAAUGGAGUGCGUCAGCGUUGGAGACUGUCAGGAGCAAGUAUGUCGCCGCCGACGCUUUUCAGCUUGCCGGAGGCGCGGUUGCGUUUCAUGAACUCUACUCGAGAUGCACUCAAAAACAAAACCAUUAAGCCUUUAUUGAAUGCAUUCAGCCAGAUACCUGGAAGUGAAAAUGAAAAAAAGUUAACACUGGAUCAAGCUUUCCGAGUUGCUCUGGAAGAAGAAAUUAUAAAUAAAACUUCUUGUGAAAAUGUUCUGGCUAUCAUUUCGCUUGUUAUUAAUGGGGUAAUAGAAGGUAUUUGUACUGCAUCAACUCCUUUUGUGCUCUUGGGAGAUGUUUUGGAUUGCCUUCCUUUGGAUCAGUGUGAUAAAAUUUUCACCUUUGUGGAAAAAAACGUUACCACAUGGAAAUCGAACACAUUUUACUCUGCAGGAAAGAAUUAUUUACUGAGAAUGUGCAAUGAUCUUUUAAGAAGACUGUCAAAAUCACAAAAUACAGUGUUUUGUGGAAGAAUUCAGCUCUUCUUGGCCAGGUUAUUUCCUCUUUCAGAAAAGUCAGGGCUUAACUUGCAAAGUCAAUUUAAUUUGGAAAAUAUCACAGUUUUUAAUACCAGUGAGCAAGACAGCACCCUUGGACAGAAGCAUGCAGAAGAGAGAGAAGAAGGAAUGGAAGUAGAAGAAGGUGAAAUGGGAGAUGAUGAAGCUCCUACAAGUUGUUCCAUUCCAAUAGAUUAUAAUCUGUACAGAAAAUUUUGGUCACUUCAAGAUUACUUCAGAAAUCCUGUGCAGUGCUAUGAAAAGGUCUCAUGGAAAACAUUUCUUAAGUACUCAGAAGAAGUAUUAACUGUCUUUGAGAGCUACAAGUUGGAUGACACUCAGGCAUCAAGAAAAAAAUUAGAAGAGCUGAAAACUGGAGGAGAGCAUGUUUAUUUUGCAAAAUUUCUUACAAGUGAAAAGUUAAUGGAUUUACAGUUGAGUGACAGCAAUUUUCGUCGUCAUAUCCUAUUGCAGUAUUUAAUAUUAUUUCAGUAUUUAAAGGGACAGGUGAAGUUUAAAAGUUCAAACUUUAUUUUGACUGAUGAACAGUCCCUGUGGAUUGAAGCUACCACAAAACAAGUUUACCAGCUUCUAUCAGAAAACCCACCUGAUGGAAAAAGAUUCUCCAAAAUGGUAGAGCAUAUAUUAAACACAGAAGAAAAUUGGAAUUCAUGGAAAAAUGAGGGCUGUCCAAGCUUUGUGAAAGAAAGACAGAGUGAUUCCAAGCCAGUAAGACCUUUUGUGCGAAAGAGACCAGCACCUGAAGAUUUCUUAGGGAAAGGACCUAACAAAAAAAUUCUAAUGGGAAAUGAAGAAUUAACUCGCCUCUGGAAUUUAUGCCCUGAUAAUAUGGAAGCGUGUAAAUCUGAGAGUCGAGAAUAUAUGCCAACAUUGGAAGAGUUUUUUGAAGAAGCUAUAGAACAGGCAGAUCCUGAAAACAUGGUUGAUAAAGAAUUUAAGGUUGUGAAUAAUUCUAACUAUGGCUGGAGAGCAUUAAGACUAUUAGCAAGAAGAAGUCCUCACUUUUUUCAGCCAACCAAUCAACAGUUUAAAAGUUUACCAGAAUACCUUGAAAACAUGGUCAUCAAAUUAGCUAAAGAAUUACCUCCUCCUUCUGAAGAAAUUAAAACAGGCGAGGAUGAAGAUGAGGAAGAUAAUGAUGCUUUAUUAAAAGAAAACAAUGAAAGUCCAGAUGUUCAACGAGAUAAGCUUGUAACAGGAGAACAAAUAGAAUUAUUUGCUAACAGACUUGGUGAAUACUGGAAAGUCCUGGCUCCAUACUUGGAAAUGAAAGACUCUGAUAUAAGGCAGAUUGAAUCAGAUAGUGAAGAUCUGAAGAUGAGAGCUAAACAGUUGCUUGUUACCUGGCAAGAUCAAGAAGGAAUCCACGCUACUAUGGAAAAUUUGAUUAUUGCAUUGAACAAAGCUAGGCUGAAUGACCUUUCUGAAAGCUUAUCCAAUGACAGUGAAAACAGUAGCUAAUUUGAAAAUUGCUUUUUUAAUUAAAACAAUGGCGAUUGUUCCUGAAUGUAAUAUUUGAUAGGGCAGUUUGAUGACUAAUAAAUUCUUUUAAUAACA